AGAUAUCAUAACAAAAAACACAAACAAUUGAUUUGUGUUGUGGAAUGAACAGCAACAACAGAGGAUAGAGUUUGAUGGAGCUCUCCCAGCUACCCGGUACUGUCAAUAACAAUAAAGCCAUUUAAAUGUCAUCUAAUACGUCCAGAAGAGUGGUCAAGGUAACCACAACGGAACAAUUUGAUUUGUUGAAAUAUGAAAUGCUCCAAAAGCCAGAGGCUGCAGUAGGAUAUUGUCGUGGAGUGGAUCGAGCCAAGGCCGAUGCCCAGUGGAAGGAAAUUGUGGAGAAAUUAAAUGCGCUGGGACCACCACACAAGACGAUGUCCGAAUGGAAAAAGGUAUGGUCAGAUGUGCGUUUGCGAUUGAAAAAACGAAUUGGGGCGAAAGUCCGGAGGCGACGUAAAACAAAAACAAAAGAGUCUGAAUCAGAUGAAGAUUUCAUCAACAACUCAAUGCAAAAUUCUCAAUCUGUUUAUGCCGUCUCUCAGUCUAUGUCGAGCAAUGAAAAUCAUUUAAAUGAUCAUUACGAAAUAACAGAAGUCGAACUACCACCAAGUUAUGAUGAACAAACAUAUGAAAAUGGAAAUUGUGAAGAAACUCAGCUGCAGCAGCCCGAAAUAAAUACGGAAACAUGCGGUAGACACAUACGAAGUUGGACACAUAAAAAGAAAACCACAGAUAGACAAUUUCGUUUGUUACAUUUAGAAAUGGCACGACAUCCAUCGGCUGCCGGAGGUUACAAUGCUGGGGUGGACCGUCAACAAGCCGAUGAAGAAUGGAAAGAGAUUGUGGAAAAACUCAAUGCCAUUGGACCACCAUAUCGUUCAAUCUCCGAAUGGAAGAAGGUAUGGUCAGAUGCUCGCUUACGCCUCAAGAAACGUAUGUGUAAAAAUUCCAAAACCCUUGGCUAUUUUAAUGUUGAGUCCGGAACUGAUGAUGAUUUGGUAGGGGAAACCCUCAACAACUCUAUAUAUUCGAUAAGUUCUUAUGAUGAUUAUGAUGGCGAAGAACCUAACCCAGCUAGUUUUGUAAAUGUCUGUCAGGAAUCGGUCUACAAUUGUGAGGCAAAUCAUCAUUCACCUGCCCAACCCAAAAACCAAAGCAUCGAUGAGGAGGCAUACUGUGAAACAAAAGACAAUAAAAAUCACUUACAUUCCAUCUUAAACAUUCCAAAUCAUAUACAGGACACACAAGAUAAUCCUAACGCCUCCGAGAGUAGUCCAUUUACAUUACAGUAUCAAAUGCAGCAGAAUAAUAUGCUAAUGCAGCAUUUAAUUGGAAUCUCCACUACCUUGACAAAUUUGCUGGAGCGUCAUGUUACGGCUACGGAAAAAAUGACACAGAUUAUGGAAAGGCAAAGUAGAAGAAAGGAUUUCAACGGGUUUAUGCAAAGGCGGCGAGAAAAUCGCACAAAGGCACGCAUGAAAAAAUUCUAUGAAUUUUUCUGAUGUCUCUUGUGUUUGGGAUUACGUUAUUCAAUUAUUGUAUGUCUUUUUUGUUAAAGGUAUUAUGUAAAUGUAUUAUUUAGUUGUAUUUUAUAUCAAGUUGUAUUAAUCUUUAAGGAUUCAAUGUUUACCAUCUGGUUUGGUUACACCACCUCUGUGAGGUUAAACCAUGAGCAAUUUUAAACAUUUUAAUUUAAAACUUAUAUAUUAAGAAUGUAUAUUAUGUGCAAUUUCUUGAAAGAUGUUAAGUUACAAAUUAAGAAGUAAUAAAUAA